CGCCUAUCCGAUUUGUAUUCGCUCGAAUUUCUGUAAAGGUUCACGUGAGAUAAACAGCACGCCCAGAUCUGGCUGGCUAUAAAUGAUACUGAAGGAGGAUGCUGCUGAUGCUGAAAGAGAACCAGGAAGAAUAGAGUUCAUCUGAAACCGCUUCAACUAUGAGUGAGCCGCGCUUUCCUGUCGACGUCCGACUUAUCGGAGUAAUGAAGAAAGACAAGGACACAAAGUUCAUGACAUCAGUGCUAUGGUCAGACCAGACUGAGUUAAUAGUGUACAGAUCCUUCCGUGACUUCAAAACGCUACAUAGGCAACUGAAAAAGAAGUUUCCUGUGGAGAACCAUUUUCGUAAAGAAGAUAGAGUGCUUCCCAGAUUUGGAGCCCAGUUCAUGGUGUCUUCAUUUCAGCUGAAAGGUCUGGAUAAGUCAGUGUCUCGUCUAAGGUAUCUGGGGAAAUACUGUUCCAACCUGUUGCAGUGUGACACAACUGUGUCACAUUCCACAGAAGUUAUUCAAUUCUUCUUGCCAACUGAACAAGAGCUUCGGCCAGAAUAUACCCAGAACAGUGUGAUGAUUCUGCAAUCAGACAACAUCAACAGGGGAGGACCUGACUUGGCGAAUAAAAACUUGAGCAAUGGCAACGUGACCCAGCCUUUUGUAUCCAAGACAUAUCGAUGUGUGGCUCCAUAUGAGACCAAAGACACAAAGAACAGGCCAUUUAAAGUAGCUGUGGAUGAGAGACUGGAUGUGCUGAUCAAAGACAAAGCUGGUUGGUGGCUUGUUGAGAAUGAGGAGAAACGUCUAGCUUGGUUUCCUGCUCCCUACUUGUUAUGUGAUGAGGAAGAGGAAGAGGAUGAGGAUGAGGAUGAGUUUGAUUCAGCAACCUUUGAAAGUUCUCUGUACUGCGUCACAAGAAGUUACACCUCAAAAAAAGAGGAUGAGCUCUCUCUGAGCAUCGGCGCAGUUGUGGAGGUGUUACAGAGGUCUGAUAAUGGCUGGUGGCUUGUUAGAUAUAACAGAAAGGUAGGCUAUGUGCCCUCCAUGUACCUGAAGCUCUACAGCAGCCCCAGCUUCGGCCUUCAGACACUUCAGAAGAAACUUCACAGCUCCACUGCCAACCUGUCUGUCAGCAACUCUUUCAAAUUGGAGCCUCAGGUUCGCUCACUAAACAGAAUGAAUAGUUUCCUUAAAUCAAACUCUCUGGAAAUGAUGUCAGAGCCGGUACAGCAUGAGGAAGCAGGCAGCUUCAGCGAUGAUGGAACUGACUUCAGCUUCAGUUCCUCAGACACCACCUCCAUGAGCCCAAGCAUGUCCAGCUCAGAGGAGGAAGAGGGCCUGAGACAGCAGGAUAGAGAGAGAGACAGCAAUGAUAGUGGUAUGUCCAGUGGUCAUUCCAGCCCCACCAGCUCAGACACUGAUCACCCAAUGAAAGGAGUCGGAGCUCCCAGGGUGCCACCCAGACCACAAACUCAAGAGAUCCUACGUCGCUGCACGACCUACACCCGAAAAGUUGCUCUGGCGACCUCUACACGCCUAGCCCCUGAAAGAGAAGUCAUGGUAGAUGAAGGGAGAGCAUGAAAGGGGUGCAUAUGACAAUGAGAGACUCUUUCCUUGAUACAAUGAUACAACAAUAUUAAUCUGGGUUCUUUGUAAUCUCUUUAUAAUCUUUGGUGGAGCUAUAUAAAUAGUAACAUAACCUGUUAAACGUAGUUACAGUGUACAUAUUUUAAGUUUUUUUUCUUCGCACAGUUUUAUUUUUUCAUUAACGUUAUAUUCAGACUGUUAUCUUUCAUCCUGGAGCUAAUGGUCUUCCAUACUGGAAAAUGAAAAAGUUUUGUAUAUGU